CCUAUGUGAGCACACCCUAAAAAACAGCAUGGUGGCAGGUGAUGAUAAAUAAAACUGUGUAUUUUCGUAAGUUAGAGAUUCACAGAAUUUUAGCCUUCGUAACGUCGACAUUUGGGUGUCAAUAACUAUAAGAAGAAGAAUAACGUCGACAUUUUAAUUUAUUCAGAUAAAUGGCGCUCAAUGUACAAAAUUACAAUAUGGAUGAGGAGGAAGACUCGCAAGUGAGCCAAUGGUAUGGAGUAAGAGAAGCCACAUUGUUUCUUGUUGAUACUACACAAAAAAUGUUUGAGAUAGAACUUGAAAGCAAACUCAGUCAUAUUCAAAAGUUUUUCAAGCUAUAUAAACAAAUUCUUCGGCAAAAACUAGCAUGGAGUAUGAAAGAUUGGAUGGGUGUAGUAUUAUUUGGUACCGAGGAAAGCGAUGUGAACUUAGCAUGGAAGAAUAUUCAAAUUUUGCAUGAACUGAGAAUUGUCACUCUGGAUGAUUUACAAAAAAUCAGAAAACUAACUAAGAAUAACCUGAAGGAUUAUCAGAGCAUGAAAUGUGAGUCCAAGGAUUCUUACCCCCUUUACAAUGCAUUGACAUACUGCAUGGAUAUCUUCGUGAAGAUAAAAACAGUCCUCACCAAACGCAGGGUAGUUUUGAUCACUUGUCAUAGCCCUGAAUUCUCGGAAGAUGAAAAGUAUCGCAUCAUGAACAAGGCGAAGGACUUGAAAGACUUGGACAUUAAAUUGUAUGUGAUUGGUUUGGGAAAGAGUUGGGUGCCCAAUCAGUUCUACAAAGAUUUAGAGAUACUAUCGAGAAAGACAGACGUGGACGUUUACAGAAUGACAUCGCUGGUGGAUCUGGUGCAACAGAUUAAAGCACCGUCUAAAAAUAUUGGACGCUUAAGCUUACAGAUGUACGAUGGUCUGGAGAUUGAUUUGGUUGUGCGUACUCUAGGCAGAAAACGUAGAUGCCUGCAAACGAAACCGCUAAGCAAAGCGACUAAUCAAGUUUUGUCAAGAUCAACAUAUUUCAAGGGUGAAGGUUUGUAUGAUGAGGAGGACAGUGAUAGCGAGGAACUUGAUCUUGUGAUACCAGAGGAUGUUAACUUGGAAAGUAAGGAAUUGAUCGGUGGUAAAAAGCUGCGUUUCACGCAAAGGGAGCUCUUCCGUAUAAGGCAUAUACACUCACCAGCCAUCAAGGUAAUCGGUGUGAAGCCUAUACCCGACGAUCUUUUCAGAUACCACGUUAAACGGAAGUACUUUGUCAGAGCGGAUUAUGGUAGCACUCGUAAAGACAAUCUACUGUUCUUCAGCGCUUUAUUAAAUAAAUGUGCCGCUAAAGGAAGAAUGAUAGUGUGCGCAUUAACAUUGCGGGUGAACACUCAAACUACCCUCUGCUACAUGAUUCCGAAUGUCGAACUGGGUGGUUUUUAUCUAUCGAAAAUUGCAUACCAGGGAAACAUAGGAGACAAGAGUGAAGCAUUAUUAUAUUAUGAGAAUCAUGUAAGCGACAAAGAAGUUAAGCUGUGGAAAAAAACGAUUGAUCGACUCGACAUGAAUUACCAUCCGUCCAUGUUUAGAUCCUAUAAAUUGGAGUGUCAAAUACAAAUAGUAGAGAGAUUGGCUCUGGACAAGAAACCUGGCCCUCUGCCGAUCGAUUCAAUUGAGCAAUCAUAUCUGAAGACCUAUGAGAAAACAGCUGAUUUAGUGCCUGAAUUAAAAAGAAUGUAUUCUGAUAUAAUCAAGCCUGAUGGUCCAACAAGGGCAAAAAGAGCUAAAAAGAACAAGGAAACAUAAUUGCUAAAUAAUUGCUUACAUAUGCAGAAUGUAAUGUUACAUAAUAAAAAUAUUUUUAAUAUACAGCAA